GAUCAAUGUUUCAAAGGUUAACCUGAUGUCUCAGUGCUCUGUAGGACACUGACCUGAGUUCAGCUCCAGAAACAUAACUCUGCCUCUGUCUGAACACGCACGGCUGUCUACCUGCUCAGGAUGAGGGCUGCUGAUUGGCUGUCGGUUCUGGCGUUCCUGCCACUCAUCUCGCUUGCCGUCCCUCUGGACAUCUGCAGUGCCAAACCCAAAGACCUCCUUCUGGAGCCGCGCUGCAUCUACCGCAGCCCCGACCCAGAGGGCCCGACGCCGGAGCCCGAGACGGUCCCCGAGUCCACCAACCCCCGAGUGUGGGAGCUGUCGAAGGCCAACAGCCGCUUUGCCCUGUCCCUGUACAAACAGCUGGCCCUCGCUAAGACCCCUGAGUCCAACAUCUUCAUGUCCCCCCUCAGCGUCUCCACAGCAUUUGCCAUGACCAAACUGGGGGCCUGCAACCAGACGCUGCAGCAGAUCAUGAGGGUGUUUGAGUUCGACACCAUCAAAGAGAAGACGUCAGAUCAGGUCCACUUCUUCUUCGCCAAACUGAACUGUCGUCUGUACAGGAAGAAGGACAAGACCACCGAGCUGGUCUCUGCUAACAGACUGUUCGGUGACAAAUCCCUGGUCUUCAACGAGACGUAUCAGAACAUUAGUGAGACCGUGUACGGAGCCAAACUGCUGCCUCUCAACUUUAAGGAGAAUCCAGAGAGGGCCCGGUCCAUUAUCAACAACUGGAUCUCUAACAAAACGGAGAACCUGAUCCAGGACACGCUGCCACAGGGGGCGCUGGACUCCAACACAAUCCUGGUCCUUGUCAACACUAUCUACUUCAAGGGUCAGUGGAAGAACAAGUUCGACAAAGAAAACGUCUUCUCCUCAGACUUCCACGUCAGCGAGAGUCACCGCUGCUCAGUUAACAUGAUGUACCAGGAGACCAGGUUCAGGUACAGACACUUCCCCGACGACCAGGUACAGCUGCUGGAGAUGCCGUACCGUGGAGAUGAUAUCACCAUGGUGAUCAUCCUGCCGAGCAGAGACACCACGCUCAGUAAGGUGGAGGAGAAUCUGGACCUGACGAAACUGAACAGCUGGUUGAGUGAGAUGAAGGAAACCACCGUCUCCGUCCACGUCCCUCGGUUUAGGAUAGAGAACAGUUUCAGUCUGAAGGAGAAGCUGGAGGCCAUGGGACUGACCGACCUGUUCAGCUCUGACAAGGCCAGCCUGCCAGGGAUGUUGGAGGACGGCAGUGAUGGUCUCUACAUCUCAGACGCCUACCACAAAGCUUUUCUGGAGGUGAAUGAGGAGGGCAGUGAGGCGGCAGCAGCCACGGCUGUAGUGGCAAUCGGACGCUCCUUCAACCCUAACCGUGAGGUGUUUCUGGCUGACCGGCCGUUCCUGCUGCUCAUCCGAGAGUCGACCAUCAACGCACUGCUGUUCGUCGGCCGAGUGGCCGACCCCUGCCCACAAUAAAAACUGUCCUACAGACGCCGA